UAGCGGACGGAACCGGAAAGGAGUUACCCGAGGCCGUUUCCGCUUAGCCUGAGGGGGCGGGGGGAGGUGAUCAGGUGACCUUUUCCAGCUGACUGUAUGAGGAGUAGAAGGUGGUGGAGUUUACCCGCAGCGACUGGCGGCUUUGAAUCCCGAAGUGAAAGGCCUAAGGACCGAGCUCCUUCCACCGGACAACGAUUGUCAAGAUGUCUGGCAAAGACCGCAUCGAUAUCUUCCCUUCGCGAAUGGCACAGACCAUUAUGAAAGCUCGAUUAAAAGGAGCACAAACAGGACGAAACCUCCUAAAGAAAAAAUCUGAUGCUUUGACUCUUCGAUUUCGGCAGAUCUUAAGGAAGAUCAUUGAGACCAAAAUGCUGAUGGGUGAAGUGAUGCGAGAAGCUGCUUUCUCACUUGCUGAAGCCAAAUUCACUGCUGGUGACUUUAGUACCACUGUUAUUCAGAAUGUGAACAAAGCCCAAGUGAAGAUUAGAGCAAAGAAAGAUAAUGUAGCAGGUGUCACCUUGCCAGUAUUUGAACAUUAUCAAGAAGGGGCUGACAGUUAUGAAUUGACUGGUUUGGCCAGAGGUGGGGAACAGUUGGCCAAACUGAAGAGAAAUUAUGCUAAAGCAGUGGAGCUGCUGGUGGAACUAGCAUCCCUGCAGACAUCAUUUGUUACACUGGAUGAGGCCAUUAAAAUAACAAAUAGACGGGUGAAUGCCAUUGAACAUGUGAUCAUUCCCCGGAUUGAACGUACACUUACUUACAUCAUCACAGAACUGGAUGAACGAGAACGUGAAGAGUUUUAUAGGUUAAAGAAAAUACAGGAGAAGAAGAAGGUUCUGAAAGAGAAAACAGAAAAAGAAUUGGAGUUACGGAAAGCAGCUGGAGAAGUGUUGGAGCCUGCUAAUCUGUUGGCUGAAGAGAAAGAUGAAGAUCUUCUGUUUGAAUAGCUCUUUGUGAUUCUACAGUCUUCUUUGAGACCUUGGUCUUGUAGUUUUCUUAUUAAUACAUGGCAUCCAGGUUCUUUUUGUAAUGGGGCUAUUUGUUAUAGCCCAAAGAGUUCCACUAGUUGAUAUUAAGUUAUUGGGAUUAUUUGGAGAGAUCAUGAUUAUAUCAGUCAUUUGUAGGACUUAUCACUACUUUAGUGGUAAUUGACUGGCCCAGGAACCUGUAGAACUAUGACCUAUUGAUAUUUUUCCCUUUCUUGGUCUGUAUAUGUAAGCAGAAUUGUGGUGUUUAAUGCUCUAAUCAUAUUUGAAAAACAUUCCUUUGAAAAUAGCAGUGAUUCAUGCUGAUAUGUAGCCUGACUCCCUCUACUUUCAACAUCUGCUUUUGUCACCAUGGUUCUUCAAUUUAGUAUAUUGUGAAUAGCAUCACAUAUUUUUCCUUGCAUGGCUAGUCUCAGUCCUAUGGAAGAAGACUUUCCCCUCCAUUAUGGAAGAAAUUCUGCCAUUUCCUGUGUAACUAUAGUAUAAGCAGAGUAAAAAAAAAUUUUAAAUGA